AUGGCUACAACGAAGACAUACUCACUUAUGUGCUAUCGAUAUCAACGCGACUCACCAGGUCAUAUACGGCCACACGUCCCUAAAGAGGAAUGGCGAAUGUACGCGACCAAUGCAAACUCGCAGCUCCGCAUCGUCAUCACACAGGUGCACGAUAACCAACAAAGAUUGAUCAGUCUGAAUCUAAACGUAGUCGAUGGCGAGGAAAGCCGACCCGGAGGCAUCAUUCUUUUGGAGAAAUUAAAUCUAGUAGAGUUUAGUAGGCCGGGAAUUCCCCAUUCUUCGCCGAUAAAGGCCGUUCACGGUGGCAAGCAACUCGGCUUUCGGUACAUCCAGCCACUGAGUGGCAGUCCUUCAACCCAGUACUUUAAGCGGUUCCAGCUCACGUUUCAAACCGACGCGGAUUGCCAAGCCGUCGUAUCCGCAAUCCAAAUCGUUUGUCCAGUAUCCACCAGCGAUGUAGCUCGCAAGGAGCCCACGUUAGGUGUAAAUUUGACUGCAAACACUGUCCCCACACAGAAGAAGCGCAAACUGGACGAGGUUAAUGGCAGUGUCAAGACGUAUCCGGAAUUUAGCGCGCCAGGUUUCUCUAGUCAAUUGGCUACUGAACAUUGCACAAAUGUUCCUUCAAGUGGUCGACCUCUGCCUGGACCACAGCUCGAAUGGAAGGAUGCGCUAGUUUCGACGCAGCAGACGGGGAUGGAUGGAAAUACCCAUUCUGGCUCUAAAGUGUACCAACCGAAUAUGGAAGCUUACAGCGGGAACCCUUCACUACAUAUUCCCGCCCUGUCUCUCCCUACGACAUCUCCCAUCGCACAAUACCAUUCUUCGCCCAUGCCAGUAUCCUCUCAAAUACAAGCACUCGGAUCGUCUCAAGUACUACCCUCCACGCACUCUUCGAGCGAUCCGACGCAGCGGACUCCGUUAUCUCACCUAAGCAAUCUUCUCGCCCCUCCGGUACAUCCCGAAGGAACUCAUUCGACUCAGAAAGCUUCUGGGGAGCCUCAAUAUGGUAAUAUAUUCACUCAGCUCGACCCUUUAUUCCGCCCAAGGGGUGCUCCUAUCCGAACACCAGUUACGGAGGAGGCCAAUCUAAAUGCAUUAUCCGAGAAAGAGCUAGAACAAGCCGUGAUGCAAGUGAUCAGCGAACCAGGCUUCAUCGACCUCAUGGGAAAACUAGAGAAAAUGUACGCCAUUCGCGGAUUCGUAAACGACACUUCUUGA